UGGGAAGGGGAAGGAGGGAGGUGGGAACAAGCAAAGAAUUCCCGGGAUUCAGCCAGAAGGAGUUUUGCAUGUGGAGAAGAUCGGGAGGAAUUCCUUGCGGGAAUUCCUUGUGGGAAUUUUCCCCUCCCUGCUCCUGAUUGGAUUCUGGUGGAUGAAGGUUGGGAAUGGUGUUCCCUCCCUUUUUUUUUGUUUUCCAUGGAUUCAGGACCUUCCUCCUUUCCAUCCCCUCAUUCCAUGUCCAACUGAGCGGCAUUCCCAGCUGGAAGAAGGUUUGGAGAUGAAUUUAGGGAAGGAUUCCUUUGGGAAUACGAGCUUUGGGCUUCAGGUUCCGGAGGGAAAAGGUUGUAACAUUCCAGGGGAUUUUUGGGAUCCUCUCCAAAGGCUGGUGCUCCCUCCCUUUUUUUUUUUUGUUUUCCAUGGAUUCAAGACCUUCCUCCUUUCCAUCCCCUCAUUCCAUGUCCAACUGAGCGGCAUUCCCAGCUGGAAGAAGGUUUGGAGAUGAAUUUAGGGAAGGAUUCCUUUGGGAAUGCUUUGGGAUCCUCUCCAAAGGCUGGUGCUGGGAUAGAGCUGAGAUUCCCAGGAAAAAAAGAGUUCUUGGAGCAUCAACCUUUUAUUCAUCUCUUGGCUUCCCUGGCAGCGUUUUCUUGGAAAACUCUGGGAUUUGGGAUGAUUUGGGAUGGAACCUGAUCCUGGGAUGGUUUUCCUUGUGCUGCUCCAUCCCUGUUUUCCACCUGCUCCAAUCCUGGCUCCAUCCCCAUUCCCAGCUGGAAUUCAAACCUCAUCCCAUCCCCUCUUCCCAUUUCCCUUCAAAUCCAGCCCCCUCUGGAAGCUGCUCCUUAAAAAUCCCACUGGGGCUGCUUUAUCCUGGUUUUCCCAUGGAAUUCCAGGCAUUUUUCCCAUGUAGGGACAGGGAUUUUUCCAUGAUUUUUCCAUGUAGUGACAAGGAUUUUUUUUCCAUGGAAUUCCAGGCAUUUUUCCAUAGGGAUUUUUUUCCCUGUAGUGAUUUUUCCAUAGGGAUUUUUUUCCCUGUAGUGAUUUUUCCAUAGGGAUUUUUUUCCAUGUAGUGAUCAGGAUUUUUCCAUGGAGUGCCAGGGAUUUUUCCAUUCUUUUCCCAUGUAAUGCCAGAGAUUUUUUUCCAUACAAUGCCAGGGAUUUUUUCCAGGAAUUUUUUCCCUGUAGUUCCAGGCCUGUCCCUUCCAAAUAUUCCUGAUGAUUAUCACAAUUUUUCCUGGAGAAAUUGUGGAUUUUCCAUGCCUGGAAGUGUCCAAAUCCAGCUUGGACAGAUCUUGGCUCAUCCUGAUCCAUGGAAAGCGGGAAUGGGGUUGGAAUUACAAACCCUUCCCAUCCCUUUCCACCCAAACCAUUCCACAAUUUCACAUUCCCCUUCCCUUGGAAUUCUCCACAAGCUCCAGAGUGGGAGCAACUUGGGGUUUUCCCCGGAAAAAUCCCUGUCAUUCCAUGGGAAAAAUCCCUCUCAUUCCUUGUGAAAAAUCCCUGUCAUUCCAUGGGAAAAAUCCUUGUAAUUCCAUGGGGAAAAUCUCUGACACUACAGGGAAAAAUCCCUGUCAUUCCCUGUGAAAAAUCCCUGUCAUUCCAUGGGGAAAAUCCUUGUAAUUCCAUGGGGAAAAUCUCUGACACUACAGGGAAAAAUCCCUCUCAUUCCAUGGGGAAAAUCCCUCUCAUUCCAUGGGAAAAUCCUUCUCAUUCCAUGGCGAAAAUCUCUGUCAUUCCCUGUGAAAAAUCCCUCUCAUUCCCUGGGAAAAAUCCCUCUCAUUCCAUGGAAAAAUCCCUGUCAUUCCCUGGGAAAAAUCCCUGUCAUUCCAUGGGAAAAAUCCCUCUCAUUCCCUGGGAAAAAUCCCUCUCAUUCCAUGGGAAAAAUCACUCUCAUUCCAUGGGGAAAAUCUCUGACACUACAGGGAAAAAUCCCUGUCAUUCCAUGGGAAAGAUCCCUCUCAUUCCAUGUGAAAAAUCCUUCUCAUUCCCUGGGAAAAAUCCCUCUCAUUCCAUGGGAAAGCCCCCUGACACUACAGGGAAAAGUCCCUUUCAUUCCACUGGAAAAAUCCCUGUCAUUCCAUGGAAAAAAUCCUCUCAUUCCAUGGAGAAAAAUCCUUCUCAUUCCAUGGGAAAAAUCCUUCUCAUUCCAUGGGAAAAAUCCUUCUCAUUCCAUGGGAAAAAUCCCUGUAAUUCCCUGGGAAAAAUCCCUCUCAUUCCCUGGGAAAAAUCCCUCUCAUUCCAUGGGGAAAAUCCUUGUAAUUCCAUGGGGAAAAUCCCUCUCAUUCCACGGGAAAAAUCCCUGUCAUUCCAUGGGAAAAAUCCCUGUAAUUCCCUGGGAAAAAUCCCUCUCAUUCCCUGUGAAAAUCCCCAUCAUUCCCUGUGAAAAAUCCCUGUCAUUCCAUGGGGAAAAUUCCUGUCAUUCCCUGUGAAAAAUCCCUGUCAUUCCAUGGGGAAAAUCCCUGUCAUUCCAUGGGAAAAAUCC